ACUGCUUCGGAGACCAACGUUACACAACACUAAUCGACCAAUUGUCGAAAAAUUUGUCAUUAAAUUCUGUAAAUUAGCGAGAUAUUAAAUAAAAUAAUAGCGCAUCAUGUCGGCCAAACAAAGUUCAAAAAAAUUCAAAUGGGCGCUGGAUUUCAACGGGGGCAAAAACACUGAUAUUCCGUCGCCGUUGGGCUAUAAUCCUUCAGCCCUAGUGAACCAGAGCGAAGUGGUGCGCGAUCAGCGUCUAGUCAUCAAGAAAUCCUGGGACCUCGCCCUGGGACCUUUAAAGAACAUACCAAUGAACUUGUUCAUCAUGUACAUGUCCGGCAACUCAAUAUCCAUUUUUCCCAUAAUGAUGGUCGGCAUGAUGCUGAUUCGACCCAUUAAGGCCAUCUUCACGACCCAGGUGACCUCAAAGAUGGCCGAGGGUGCUCAGGGAACUGGACAGCGCAUCGUAUACUUCCUGGGCAACCUGGCCAACGUUGCUUUGGCUCUCUACAAGUGUCACAGCAUGGGGCUACUACCCACCCACGCAUCCGACUGGCUGGCCUUCGUCCAGCCCCAAACGCGCUUGGAAUAUUAUGGUGGAGGCGUCUCCUUCGUCUAGUCAUGUAGCUUUGCUUUAUUUGAUCAUAGAUAAAUCUGUUUAAACUGAAA